AUGACUAAGUUCUCGAACGAACGUGGAAGCAAUGCCAGAAAAACAGUUAUCAAUAGAAGAAUAUCGCUUCUUAACGGCAAAGUCCGCAGACUAAUAAGAUUAUUAAAUAUAGACGAAUGUGCAAGUAAUCCUUGUCGGAAUGGUGCUAAUUGUAAAGACAUUUACAAUGGAGUAUUAUGUUUUUGUACUGACGGCUGGGAGGGACGUCGCUAUCCUCGAAUUGUGGAGAAGGAUGGUGUAAUUUGCUUAGAGAAGGACAAUGUGGACCAUUCUACCAUAAUUUACACGAUUUUAAUAACUUUGGUUCUACACCUCGCGAUAUUAGAUCUGCGGGGCUCUCCUUUGAUCCCACGUGAAACCAGCAUUUACAAAAGGACAGUCUUUGAAUUUCAGCUACUCUGUUGGGGCUUAUAUUGUGAAAAUGACAUUAAUGAAUGUCAACGUUUCACUCAUACAGACUUAGGGUGCCAGAAUGGAGCUACAUGUGUGAAUACUCCUGGGAGUUAUGAGUGCAAAUGUUUAAACGGGUGGCACGGUAUUCACUGCACUGAAAGGUCGACUGAUUGUAAUUCCGGAUCAUCAGCUGAACUUUGUGGCCACGGUACGUGCAUAAAUGAAAAUAGUGCUGAAGGAUAUAAGUGUAUAUGUGAACAGGGUUGGAAAAGUGAUAAAACAAAUCCAGCUUGUAUAGUGGAUGUUGAUGAAUGUUCGCUGGACAAGCCAUCAUGUUCCAUUAAUCCUCUAGUCGCAUGUAUUAAUACCCCUGGUUCUUAUAUAUGUGGACAUUGUCCUGCAGGGUACACCGGAAAUGGUUUUUAUUGUGCAGAUAUUGAUGAAUGUGCAAUUUUUAAUGGUGGCUGCAGCGUUUCUCCUACUGUACAAUGUAUAAAUACACAGGGAUCAAGAAUAUGUGGUCCAUGCCCUCCUGGCUAUGUUGGAGACGGUUUUUCUUGUAGCUAUCGAGGCAUAUGUCAUGUAAAUAAUGGCGGAUGCCAUUAUUUGGCUCAAUGUAGAGAUAACCCAAGAAUAAGUUCUACGUUUGUAGAGUGUUUUUGUCCUGAAGGCUUUGUAGGAUCAGGAAUUGGACCUAAUGGGUGUACAAAAAGAACUGGUGGAGAUCCAUGUUCAUCAAGUCCAUGUUUAUAUGGAACCUGCGUCUCCCGAGAUGAAAAUACGUAUGAAUGUCAUUGUACAUCUCAGUUUGAAGGGCGAAAUUGUGAUAAAAGAAAGAAUCCCUGUUCUCCCAAUCCAUGUUUAAAUGGGGCUUCUUGCAUACAAGUUUUCAACAUCUCCUUUGUUUGCAACUGUACUGCUUCAUUUACGGGACCCUUAUGUAACCAAGAAAAACAGGCUUGUGGUGGAAGGUUAACUCAUGAAUUUGGAACAUUGGAAUAUCCUCCACCUGGUGCAUCAUUAAGUAAUCAAAGGAGCAACUGCGCGUGGUUAAUUGAAACUAAACAAAAUCUUACCCUAAAUAUAGUUUUUGAUAAAUUUAACGUAUACAAGAGCGUUGAUUGCCAGACAGAUUGGUUGCAGAUACAUGAUGGGGCAAACACAGCCGCUCAUUCCUUGGGUCGUUUCUGUGGGGAUACCCUUCCAGCAAAUGGAAGAAUUACCACUUCCCACAAUAGUGUUUUCAUGUGGUUGAAAUCAGAUCAUUCAAAUAGUAACUUUAGGAUAACAUGGAAUAGUUCUGUACCAGCUUGUACCGACUACAUAACUUUUACUUCUCAUGGAGUUCUACAAUCACCAGGAUCGCCAGGAAAUUAUCCUCUAAAUAGAGAAUGUGAAUGGCACUUGAGUGCUCCUCCAGGGAAACGAAUCGAGUUCCAUUUUUUUAAAUUGGAUAUUGGCCACGAGACAAACUGUACAGGAGAUUAUGUAGAGUUUCUAGAUAGUUCUACAUCGUUAAAACGACGACUAGCUAAAUACUGUGAAACAUCUCAACCAGAGCCUCUAACAUCCUUUGGUUCAGAUGUGGAAGUUCGUUUUCAUUCAGACGAAGUUGGAUCUCAUUCUGGCUUUCAGAUAUCAUAUACAGCUAUCGAAAGUUUGCCUGGCUGUGGUGGAGUUUUUACAUCGAAUAAAGGUGAAAUACAAUCUCCAAUGAUAGACGGACGAUAUCCGAGCGAUAUUAUUUGUGAAUAUGUAAUAAAAUCUGACAGCGGCUCAAGAAUAAAAUUAACGUUUCUUAAAUUUGAAUUAGAGGAAGCCACUGACUGUGACUACGAUUACUUAGAGUUACAUGAAGGUGCAAACUCAUUAGCACCAUUAAUAGGUAAAUAUUGCGGAAAAGAGUUACCAGCUUCAUAUACAUCCAUAGAAAAUGUCUUGUGUAUUAUUUUUAAAUCGGACUUCAGUUUACAAGAAGGAGGAUUUAUUAUCAAAUACGAAACAGUGUGCGGUGGAAUAUUUGAAGAACAAUCUGGAACUAUUUCUUCUCCAGGAUAUCCAUCAAAUUACCCUGAAGAUAGAAUAUGCGUAUACGAAAUAAUCCAACCUGCUGGUAAAAUAAUUGAACUAGUUUUUCAAGAUGUAGACCUGGAAAAUUCUUUGCAUGUGUGCAGCUUCGAUUACAUAGAGGUGAGAGAUGGCCAUAAUGAAAAUUCUACUUUAUUGGGCACGCUUUGUGAGAAGCCAUCUAGCUUUUUAUCAACUUACAAUUACCUUUUUAUUAAAUUUGUUUCCGACAUCAGCAUAACAGGAAGGGGAUUUAUAGCAAACUAUUCGACAGUUGAUAUAGAAUGUGGAGGCUUAUUGACAAAGGAUAGAGGAUCAAUAACUAGUACCAACAAUUAUUUCAAUAAUAUGAACUGCUCAUGGCUACUUAUCGCUCCUGCAGGAAAAAUUAUAAAAUUGACGUGGGACACAUUUAGUCUUGAAGACUGUCCGUACGAUCAUGUCAUUGUUUACGAUAUAUCAAAUACUUUUGGUAAAAGAGAAAUUGGGACAUAUUGUGGUUUUCGAAUUCCUCCAAUUAUAAUGAGUUCCGAAAAUAUGCUGGAGAUUCAGUUUAUCACCGAUGCAACCAAAACCACUGGUCAGUUUUCUCUUAAUUACGUAUUUUUGGAGGAUAAAAAUGUUUGCGGUGGUUCAUUUUUUACGACUUCUGGUAUUAUUAAAUCACCUAAUUUUCCUAACGAAUAUCCAUCAAGAAAUACAGAUUGCGACUGGAUUAUACAUGUAGGUGCUGGACAACAGAUAAUGCUCAAUGUAACCGAUUUUGCCUUGGAGAAUAAUGAGUGCCGGUAUGAUUGGUUGGAAAUUCGAAAUACAGACUGCGACUGGAUUAUACAUGUAGGUGCUGGACAACAGAUAAUGCUCAAUGUAACCGAUUUUGCCUUGGAGAAUAAUGAGUGCCAGUAUGACUGGUUGGAAAUUCGGCUUGAUUUCCAUUUGGAGAUUCUGUCUGGUCUUGUCGAUGAAAUGUUUGAGUCGCAAGAAAGUUGUGGAGGCGCUUUGUCAUCUCCAGAUGGAGUGAUUAUAUCACCUCAAUACCCUGAAUCCUACAGCAGCAAUUUGGAGUGUUAUUGGCGUAUAUCAACGAACGUUGGUUCUUUCCUCAGAAUAACAAUUACAGAUAUUGAACUGGAACAGUCCGAUUGCAACUCAGAUUACAUUCAGAUUUACGAUGGCUUGCAAAAUUCAAAGCUUCUAGGAGUGUUUUGCACCAUGAAAAAUGUAGUUCCCAUUCAUUCAACGUCAAAUCAUGUUGGCAUUAAAUUUGUAUCCGACGGGGCCAUAGAAGGACGUGGAUUCCAUUUGCAAUAUUCUACAGAUUGUAGAAAUACUGUUACUGGGUUCAAUGGGGCCAUAGAGAGUCCUAAUUUUCCUAAUAACUUUCCUCAUGAAAUGAAUUGCACAUGGAAAAUUGAAGUGUUACGAGGGAAUAAGAUAAACCUGACCAUUUCUCGUUUAAGUCUUUUAAGGGAAUUCCAAUUGGAUUCGAAGAAUUGUUCUAUAAAUUAUUUAGAGAUAUGGAGCAUCAAUAAAAAUUCCGAAAGGAACAUGAUUGAGAGAUACUGUAGUGAUCUUAAUUAUGAGACCCAGUUAACUGUAAAUUCCGAUAAAGUUGAAAUACACUUUGCAACUGAUAGCUCAUUUAUUGGAGAUGGAUUUCGAUUGGAAUGGCAACAAUUUGGAUGUGGCGGUAUUUUGAAACGUCCUUCAGGAAGUUUUACGUCUCCUAACUAUCCGCAAUUCUAUCCUCCUGGCGUUACGUGUAAAUGGAUUAUUGAAGUAAAUUAUGGAAAUAGUGUGGAAUUACUUUUCAAAGAAAUUGACACAGAAGACAGAUUUAAAUUUGGAAAUGAUUAUAUAGAAGUCAUUAAUGGGCCCGAAAGUGAUUAUCCUGUUCUAACUACUUUGAGUGGUCGUCAUUCUAAGCCCGUUGUAGUAACAAGUACCGGAAAUUUUAUGACCGUCUUAUUUAUUAGUGGCGAUUUAAGUAUGAAUGGGAAUGGAUUCAUAGCUAGUUAUUCUUCUAUUCCUUCAAAGUGUGGAGGAAAAUUUACGGCUUUCUUUGGUUCGUUUCAUUCACCUAAUUAUCCAUACAAUUAUCAACUCCAAGAAAGCUGCGAAUAUUACAUUGAAAUAGAAGACAGUCAUACAAUAGAACUGCUUUUUGUUGACUUUGACAUUGCAAGUGAUCCUUCCUGCAAUCAAAGUUAUAUUAAAAUAUAUGACGGUCCUACACAAGCAUAUCCCACGUUGAAAAAGUUGUGUGGGAAUCAAAAAUUCAACGGAACCAUCAAAUCGUCUUACAAUCAUAUGCUUGUGGAGUUUGUGGCAAAUUAUUCAUACACCGCUAAAGGAUUUAUUGCCGAUUAUAUAACGGCAUGUGGUGCGCGAAUAACUACAGAAGAUAGUGGUAUUAUUGGAAAACGUACCUCUUUGCAAUAUGGCGGCAACAGUUAUUGCAUUUGGACAAUAUCUGCUGCAAAUCCAUCCCAGCAUAUUUAUUUAACAUUUACUCACAUAUUUCCCGACAAUUCCUUCUCUGACGAUAAUUCCACUGUCAUUGCGACGGUCCAUAACGGUGACAGCGACACUGAUCCAAUUUUACUAAAACUCACUCCGCUCAACGGCCAGCAAGAAGUUUAUACAACCACGAGCACCGGUGAUAGUUUACAUAUUAUAACUCGAAACGAUAUUGAAUUUGAAGCAUCUUAUUCUAUUCUUGAAACAAGCUGUGGAGGUAUGUUUAGUCAUAUGAACGGCUACUUCGCUUCUCCUUAUUUUCCGAAAAGUUAUCCAGUAAAUAUGGAAUGUGAAUGGAUUAUUCAAACAUCUCCUGGGUGGUCGGUGUCAUUGAGCUUUGACCAUUUUGAUAUCCUGGAUUCUGAAGAAUGCGAUGUAGAUUUUCUGGAGAUACGAGAAGCAAAUUCAACUGGAAAAGUAUUACAAAUACUAUGUGGUGACACAAUACCCGCAACUGUGUCUUCACGGAUGAACUUAUGGGUACUGUUUAAAAGUUCUGAAUCAAACUUAACCGGAACUGGUUUCAAAGUGCAUUUUAGCCUAAGCCCUGCAAGUGAAUUAAGUGGUUCAUUUGGACAAAUUAUGUCUCCCUUUUAUCCAUUGUAUACUGCACACGAUAUCAGUACUCAUUGGAAAAUAACAGUUCCUUUUGGACACUGCAUUUCACUAGACCUUAAAAAUAUUUACAAUAGGCUGUGUGUUGAGUUUAAACUACUGGCAAAGGUACUUUGGGUAUUUGAUGGGCACGACAACAAUGCCAGACUUCUAUAUAGUGGUUGCAGUGUAUCAGAUAAACCAAUAAGAUCUACAUCAAACGUAUUGUAUAUCAAAUGGGAAUCCAUUUAUGAUUCCAGAUUUUCAUUGGCAUGGAAUGAUAUGGGGAAAUGCACUAAUACAAUGAACACCAAUAUCGCUCGAAAAUCUUCUAAAUGUGGUGAAGAAAUAGCAAUUGACAUGUCAUUAGUUUCCAAUUAUAAAUUAACAUCACCUGGUUAUCCUCAUGGUUAUGGUUCCAAUUUGGAAUGCACAUGGACAUUUUAUACUAUGGUACCAGAAAACCAUUUAGCUAUUAAUUUUAAUGAUAUCAAUCUUGAUAAUAAUAUUGAUAAGUGCUUCUUUGACAAAAUUGAAAUUUACACUGAAAAUGAAUUAAAUGGAUGGAAAAUUCAAGAUACAGUCUGUUUGCCUAAUGCAACAAAUGCGGUUUUCAAUUAUGGAAGUUCUGUUAGAAUUAUUUUCAAGAGUAAUCGGUACGGAAACGGUUCUGGAUUUUCUGCGAAUGUUUUACAAGAGUGUGGUGGAAGUAUUACUGAAAGUAAUGGCUUGAUUAAUAUAAAUGAUACGUAUUUGAAAAUGUAUCAAUCAAACUCUACAAGUAGACUAAUAUGUCAAUGGAAUAUCACUGUUAAAACGGGAAGAAUACUAAAUGUAACCCUACUUGAACUGAAUUUACAAAAUGAAAAUAAUGACUGCAGUAACUAUAUUAUGCUCAGGAACGGUUUAUUUCCUAAUUCACCUUUCCUUGGGCAAGGAAAAUAUUGUACCGAUUUAUCCGAAAACGUUAACACAACAGCAAACUUUCUAUACAUCAAAUACAACGCUUCAUUAUCUGCUGGCUUUAAAUUGCAAUUUCAAGAGGUGGGUGUAAAUUGUGGAGAAGAAAUCAGAUUAACGGAAUUCGAUACGGAAACUAUAAUAUAUACUCCUAAUUAUCCAAAUAUUGCACCACCUCAUACGGAAUGCUCUUGGAUAAUAUCUGCUCCUCCCAGUAGAAUAUUAAGAUUGGAUUUUAUCGAUAGAUUUGAUCUUACUACAUCAGACGGUUGCUACCUAGAGCGAGUAGAAGUUCGCGAUGGAAGUACACGGUUUUCUCCUGAACUUGGUAUUCUUUGUGGUCAACGUCCAAAUUCAUUAUUUUCAACAAACAACUUCAUGUUCAUUAAAUUUCUAACAGAUAUUGAUGAGCCCAGCAACGGAUUUAAAGCAAAAAUUACAAUGGCUGAAUGUGGAGGAUUUAUAACAGGGUCCCAAGGAGAAAUUAAGCUACCAAUACAUAGUAAAUCAAAUUAUUUUGGAAAAUCUAAUUGCACGUGGCACUUAAUGGGACCUGCUUAUCACUACAUAAACAUGACAUUUACUGAAAUUGAUCUACCACCAAGUGAUGCCAAUGGUUGUGUUUCUGUCGAUCAUAUAGAAAUAAAGGAAAAGAUACCUGUAAAUAAUGAAGAAAAGAUUAUUGGGUUAUAUUGCGGAAAUACUAAUCCUGGAUCAAUUUUAUCUUCCAGUAAUGAAAUAACAAUCAAAUUCAUAAAUGUUGGAAAUUCCGAAAGUGUACCGAAGUUUAGACUAGUCUUUGAGUCUGGUAGAGAAUCUUGUGGUGAAACAUUCAACAUGGAUGAGGGAGUAUUUACGUCACCUGGCUAUCCUAAUCUUGUCCAAAGUGACGUAUACUGUGAAUGGACAAUCACGGUAUCCAAUGGAAGACGAAUUACAUUAGAAUUCCUAGACUUAGAGUUAAGUUCGAAUUUACAACAUGAACAAGGCAUUGCUUACUCUUUUGGACAAGAUCCGCGAAGUGAUGUCGCAUUUUUGAAAAAAUAUGAAUCCGGCCAAAUAAUUAAAUCAUCAGAAAAUGUUUUAAUUCUGUAUUUUUGGAACUAUAUACCAUCAAAUGUUCGUGGAUUUAAAGUUCAAUUUUCAUCAAAUGAACCCACAGCAUGUGCUUCAGAUUUUUCUAAGCUAUCUGGAGUGCUUACUCCACCAGGAGAGAAUAUGACGCAUUACACUUGCUCUUGGGUUCAUGUAAUAAAUAGUGAUAAUGGACAAACAUUAAGCCUCUCUAUACAAUUGAAUAGUAAUAUUAAUAAAGGAAAUCACUUUUGUGCUACUUACGAUUCUGUUUUGGAUGUAAUAAUUGGAGAUUCAACCCCCUUGGCCAAGUUUUGUGCUGGCUACCAAAGUUCUGUCAUACUAUCACCAUAUAUUGUUACAAAGAUCAAUGUUUACAAAAGUGAAUCACACAACUUCAACUUUACCGUUGAUUACGAAACAUAUCCUUGUGGGGGGAUAAUAUCUGAUCCUAUAGGUUCUAUUUCCAGUCCAAAUCUGCUAGGUCCCUUAAAUGGAAAAAUUGAUUGUGCAUGGAUAUUUAAAUUACCCUCUGACGAAGCUAUAAUGGUUAACUUCACUACCUUCCAUUUUAACUCAAACUGUGACGACUCGCAUUUAACUAUGUAUAGCGGUAGUUCACCAAUGAGUCCACGAAUAGGAAAAUUCUGUAGAGAUCAGUUGCCAAAAGAUUUCCACAUUCAAAACAACGAGUUGCUAAUACAAUAUCAUCAGAACGACAAAAGUAAAAUAUUAAACAAUUUUACUUUAUCAUAUGAAACAGUAAGUGAAGGGUAUCCAAAAAAUUAUCCAGAAAAUUUACAUUGUGUAUAUGAAAUUCAUGCGCCUGGAAAAGUAAUUAACAUCGUAUUCAGUGAUUUCAAUUUAGAGAAAUCGCUUGACUGUAAAUUUGAUUACAUUUCCAUAACUGCCCGACUUAGAAGGGGGAAAUCUGACUUGCGAGCUCCAAAAUUGUAUUGUGGGUCAAACAAACCAGCUCCAUUACGUUUCCAAGACUUUAUCGCAAUAACAUUUAAUAGUGAUUCUAGUUCGGUUGACAAAGGCUUUAAAUUCUCUUUUAGUACAGAUGAUUGCGGUGGUAGAAUAACAGCACCUACAAUAAUAUCUUCUCCAAGAAGGGAGGGAUACGUUCAAAAAAGCUCCUUCGAUUAUUUAACUACCUAUUCUUCGUGCCUUUGGAAUAUCACCGCUCCUUCAAAUAAACAUGUUAUUGUAGAGUUUAAACUGUUUGAAUUGAUGCACAGUCACGGAUGUAAUUUUGAAUAUUUAGACGUGUAUGACGGAUUUCAAUUAGACGCAAAUUUAAAAUUAUCACGUUUGUGCGGAAAUCUUACAGAUAGUCCUCCUGUAUUUAAAUCAACUGGAAAUUCACUCCUACUUAACUUAAGAACAAGCUUUUCUGGCAAUAAUGCUGGUUUUCAGGCCUAUGUUUAUUUCCAAUAUGGUGCGGAAGUGGGUUGUGGUGGCAAUUUGUUCAUCAAUGAAACUCGAGUAAUUUCUCCAUCAAACAUUUCCGCUAUAAUGGAUUGUCAGUGGCAAAUCAAAACAACGGAACCGUCUGUAAUAAAAAUUGAAUUUCUUGAGCUUAAUUUAGAAGGCUGUUUCUAUCAUGAUUCUAAUAUUAACAAUACCAGUUGUAUUCCUACAUACAUACAAAUUCAUGAUGGACCUAGUUUUGUAUCCGAAACAAUGGAUAUCUUAAAUAGCUCUUGGCACGUUUUGCCAACCUACCUGACUACAAGCAAUUAUCUAUGGAUUCGAUUUUUGGGGCUAAAUCUACCAAUUACUGGAUUUCGAAUACGUUUAAGACCUAUAAGCUCGCCAUGUGGCACAUCGGUACUUAAGGUAACAAAUGAAACAGGUACACUAAUGUCACCAAAGUAUCCUGAAAGUUACCCUAACAAUAUUAGAUGCAAAUGGUUGUUAAACACCAAUGAUUACUUUGAGAAGAUAAAAAUUGAAUUUAUUGACUUUGAUUUAACUUAUAAUCAAGAUAAAUCAUUUUGCAAAGAAGACAGAAUAGAAAUUUCUGAUAAACACAGUUUCAAUAAAGUUACAGAUGCCUUGGGCACAACAACUCUACUCCGUGGAAAACAUGCAUAUCCAGCGUUUGCUGCUAUUUGGAUACCAACAGAUACUCAUCAAUUCUGUGGAAGAAAUUCAAGUGGCUUUACUUAUUAUUCCGGAAGCAACGAAGUUAUUGUUUCCUUUUAUGGUAGC